GCAUCAGCAUCCCUCGGGCUUUGCGGCUCCCCGGGGACCCCUCGCCGGGAGAUGGCCGCGUUGAUGCGGGGCAAGGACUCGUCCCGCUGCCUGCUCCUACUGGCCGCGGUGCUGAUGGUGGAGAGCUCGCAGCUCGGGAGUUCGCGGGCCAAACUCAACUCCAUCAAGUCCUCUCUGGGCGGGGAGACGCCUUUACAGGCCGCCAAUCGAUCUGCGGGCACAUACCAAGGACUGGCUUUCGGCGGCAGUAAGAAGGGCAAAAACCUGGGGCAGGCCUACCCUUGCAGCAGUGAUAAGGAAUGUGAAGUUGGGAGAUACUGCCACAGUCCCCACCAAGGAUCAUCGGCUUGCAUGGGGUGUCGCAGGAAAAAGAAGCGCUGCCAUAGAGAUGGCAUGUGUUGUCCUGGUACCCGCUGCAAUAAUGGCAUCUGCAUCCCAGUCACUGAGAGCAUCUUAACCCCUCACAUCCCAGCUCUGGAUGGCACUAGGCACAGAGAUCGAAACCAUGGUCAUUACUCAAACCACGACUUGGGAUGGCAGAAUCUAGGAAGACCACACACUAAGAUGUCACAUAUAAAAGGGCAUGAAGGAGACCCCUGCCUACGAUCAUCAGACUGCAUUGAAGGCUUUUGCUGUGCUCGUCACUUCUGGACCAAAAUCUGCAAGCCAGUGCUCCAUCAGGGGGAAGUCUGUACCAAGCAGCGCAAGAAGGGCUCUCAUGGGCUGGAAAUUUUCCAGCGGUGUGACUGCGCAAAGGGCCUGUCUUGUAAAGUAUGGAAAGAUGCCACCUACUCCUCCAAAGCCAGACUCCAUGUGUGUCAGAAAAUAUGAUCUCUUUGGAGAAAAUGCAUCCCAAGCAGACUGUGAAUCUGUGCAUUUAAUGCAUCGUGGCAUGGUGGAAAAUAGGGUUUGGAUCUCAGAAAAAUGGCUAAUAUAAGGCUUGUAAUAAAAAUAGAGAUCACAGAGUGAGAGAAAGAAAAGGAGAACUGAACAGAUUGGAAAGGGUGACAAAUGUAGUACAACCAGUGUGUUUCCAUUAUGCAGCUGGUUUAUGUAAAUAAUGUACACACUUGUGAAAAUGCAAUUACUGAGAAAAAAAAAAGCAC